AUGAGGAAACGUUGCGUGUUGACGCUUUUCGCUGUGCUACUCUGGUUGGCCUUGGCCCAAGGAGAAACCAAGAUUGAGGUGGACGAGAAUGGCGAUGAAUACGAGCUGAAGCGUUUCUACAUCCAGGGCAGACAAUUAAGUGGCAGUGGCAGUAAAUCCCAGUGUGUGGUAACCCGGCGAAAGCGUGCUAGCCGUAGUAUGACGCUACCCGGACCCGGAGUCACGGUCAGUUCACAGCAAUUGAAUCUGGCUGCGUUGCCAGUGGCUGCAGAGCAUCGUGAGACCGUGGUGUUGGAUCAGGAGCAGAGUGGCAAGCGUCGUUAUGUGGCAUUGACCGCCUUGCAACUGGAUGAUGUGGAAGAUGAGGAGGAGGAGGAUGAAGAUGAGGAGCAGUUGGAGCAGCAGCAAGAGGAUGAGCAAAUGCAGGGGCAAACGAAUCUGGUGGCUGCCACAUUUGCGCUGCCAGCGAGCUUGCCACAGGGUGUCAGUGUGGUGGCCAAUGCGGCAACACAUGCCCAGGUGGGCGGAGAUGCGGGCAUUGUGGUUGUGGAGUCGGAGCAGCCGCCCAAAGUGAAUCCCAGCACACAUGCCGUCUUCGAGCUGAAGCCGCUGCAGCCACAACAACAACAACAACAGUCACAACAACAAUUGCAACAACAAUUGCAGCCACAGCAAUUGGAGUUGCAGUAUUGGCCACAGCCAUACGAGGAAGACGAGGAUGAGGAUGAGGACGAGGAUGAAGAUGAGGAUGCCGAGUACUUCUACUAUGGCGGCGUUGGCUUCUACGAUGAGCAGGAGCACUUUAUCACCGAGGACAGUCCCUUGAGCACUACGGCCAUUUGGAGCACGGACGAUAGCGAUAUACAUCCUGUGAUUAAUGAGCCCAAUCAGCCCACAAAGGGUGACAAGAAAAGAAAGACAAUGAAGCGAAGGAAACCAAGUCAGGAGCCAGCCAAGCGAAGAAAACCCAGCAACAGUGCCAGUUCCUCCAGUUCCAUAAGCGCUUCCUCCGGUGCCGGCUCCGUCUCCGCCUCCGUCUCCGCCUCCUCCUCGCACAAGCGCAAGCGUCCUGUGAGCAGUGUGAGCAACAAGCGCAAAACGAAUCCCAGCAAGCGUCAGAAGCAGAAGCAGAAGCAGAAGAAGACCAAGCGCAAGUCCAAGCCAAGUCAAAGUGUCUCCAGCAACAACAAGCGACGUCGUCCUAGCAGCAGCGCCAGUUCGAGCUCCUCCAUUGGCGGCUACAAGCGACGUCGUCCAGGUCAAACCGCAUCCGCAUCCCAAUCUCAGUCCCAAAAGCGUCGCCGCCAGCAGCAGAAGGAGAAGCGUCGCCGUCAGGAGCUGCAGCGUCGUCGUCGUCGUCGCAACCGGAAUCGCCUGAAUAACCUAAAUCGUCGUCAAUAUUUCGGCGAUGAGCCCAUCAUCAAUUGCAUCUACAUCAACAAGGAUCCACCGACCACAACAGCGCGUCCCUUCUGGAAUAUCCUGGGACGUGACGCAGCCGGGGAACAGACCACGCCCCUUCCCCCCGUCGUGUCCGUGGAGUCUCAAGUGCGACGCAGCGGCGACUUUGGACAUCGCAAGCGCACAAAUCUUCGAUUUGUGGCCUAA